AUGAGUAGUAUCUUCGCCCCCGCCCCCGAGCCGCCCACAGAGCUGGGUCGGUAUCGCAUCCUCUCCAGCACCGCUGGCGUCCGGGUCUCGCCGUUGUGCCUGGGUGCCAUGUCUAUCGGUGAUGCUUGGUCCGAUUUCAUGGGAAGCAUGAGCAAGGAGCAAUCGUUUAAGCUCCUCGACGCCUUCUACGAUGCCGGUGGCAACUUCAUCGACACCGCGAACAACUACCAAAACGAGCAGUCCGAGAAGUGGAUCGGCGAAUGGAUCAAGGAACGAAAGAACCGGGACCUAGUUGUCCUCGCCACCAAGUUCACCACCGGCUACCGAAGCUGGGAACUCGGCAAAGGAAAGUCGGUCAACUACUCCGGCAACCACAAGAAGAGCUUGCACCUCUCGGUGCGAGACUCCCUGGAGAAGUUGCAAACCGACUAUAUUGACCUGUUGUACGUGCAUUGGUGGGACUGGACGACCUCGAUCGAGGAGGUCAUGGACAGCCUGCACAUCCUAGUCGAGCAAGGCAAGGUCCUGUACCUGGGCAUCUCCGACACACCCGCCUGGAUCGUGUCCGCCGCCAACACUUACGCCCGGUCCCACGGCAAGACUGUGUUUUCAGUUUAUCAAGGUCGCUGGAAUGUCAUGACGCGCGACUUUGAACGCGACAUCAUCCCCAUGGCCCGGCACUUCGGCAUGGCCCUCGCGCCCUGGGACGUCAUCGGCGGCGGCAAGUUCCAGAGCAAGAAGCAGAUCGAGGAGCGCAAAAAGGCCGGCGAGGGUCUACGCAGCAUGAUGGGCCCGGCGGGCCAAACGCCGCAGCAGGAAAAAGUGUCCGCCGCGCUUGAGAAAGUCGCGGGAGAGCAUGGGAUCGAGUCGCUCUCGACGAUCGCGCUGGCGUAUGUGCUCCAGAAGACGCCGCGCGUGUUCCCCAUCAUUGGGGGCCGCAAGGUCGAGCACCUCCACGACAAUAUCAAGGCCCUGUCGAUCAAGUUGACGGACGAGCAGAUCCAGUACCUGGAGAGUCAGACCGAGUUCGACGUGGGGUUUCCGUCGAACUUUGUGGGCGAGUCGCCCGAGGCGACGGGCAAGAGUUCGUGGAUCGUGGCGGGUACGGCGCAGAUUGCGUAUCCCACGCCGGCCAAGGCCGCGGGGCAUUGA